AUGAUAAUGUACGUCAAUGACGCCGAACGUGUUGUUGAAUAUUCGCAACUUGCUACUGAAAAAGACGAAGGAACCUUAAAACCAGCAGCUAAUUGGCCAAUCAAAGCUUCAAUCAGUAUAAGAAAUGUUACAGCGCGGUAUGCGGACGGGCUGGAGCCAGUGUUGAAACAAAUUAACGUUCAUGUUAGACCAGGUGAAAAGAUUGGAAUAUGUGGUCGUACUGGAAGUAGCAAAACAUCACUUAGUUUAACGCUUUUCAGAUUGAUUGACGUGAUCAAAGGAACGAUCACAAUCGAUGAUAUUGACAUAUCGAAAGUUCCAUUGUCCACUCUCCGUAGCAGAAUAUCCUUAAUUCCACAGGAUCCAGUUCUAUUCUCCGGUACUAUUAGAUUUAACCUAGAUCCGACUGGUGAACAUAACGAUCAGGAUUUAUGGAAUGCCCUCGAGAUGGCGCAUGUAAAAGACUGUGUUGUUGAGCUGGAAGGACAAUUAGAUGCUAUAGUCCAAGAAGGGGGCAACAAUUUCAGUGCUGGACAGAGACAGUUCUUUUGUCUGGCGAGGACGUUUCUGCGCAAAUGUUCUAUCUUGAUUAUGGACGAAGCCACCGCAUCAAUCGACCCACACACUGAUGUCAGCUUGCAGCAUGUCAUUGCUACAUCAUUUGGUGAUAACACAGUUCUUACUAUAGCUCAUCGCAUACCUACAAUUCUUAACUCUGACAGGGUAUUGGUAUUAAAUGAUGGUGAAAUUGCUGAAUACGAUACGCCACAGAAUCUGUUGAGGAAGGAUGGCGGUAUAUUUGCAUCUUUGGUGAAUAAUAUUGCAUGA